AAUAGAAUGAGUUUUUUUUUCUCAAUCUUAAUAAAUAAGUUUUAUUAAAUAAAAACUUUGUUUUGCUCACUCUACCUAUUUGGUUUGAAUUGACAACUAUGACAUCACAAUAUGGCGACCAGUCGGUCCUAUUCUUAGUUGAAUCGCUAUAAAUGGCCAUGAUCGUUUUGGCGGAGGGGUUCGCCCGUCCAUGCCGUCUCCAGGUAUAAAUGCUUUAAGUCUGAUUGGGGAACCGAAUUGGAGAAUCGGAUCACAGAGUACCUUACCUUAGAGAUUAUAACCGGAAUCGGAUAUAGCAAGAACCUGAUAAGUGCCCCAACCCUAAUUAUCUCUUCAAGACAUUACUAAUGAAUGGCCGAAAUGGAGAAAUUCACGGCCGUAAAACUUAUUUAAAAAAAAAAAUUCAAGACAUUUUUUUUCCUGCCGAAAUGGAAAAGUUCAUGGCCGUAAAACUUUAAACCAAGACAUUUUUUUAACGGAGAUCUUAGAUUAAAACAAAAAGUCGGAGAUGGAUAAAAAGUCUAGCAAAAUAUGCAGAGGAUGCCUUAAUAAGGAAGAGAAUUUCACAUAUGUGUUAGGUGACAAUGUUUCGACAGAAUUGUAUUUAUUUUGUACGACUGUUGAGGUAUACCAUGAUGACUCGCCGAGAACAUUAUGUGAUACAUGUUAUGAAAAUCUUACAAAAUAUUCUGAAUUCAAAAGGACCUGCAUUCAAUCACAAAAUACUUUGUAUCACAAUUUAAACAGAGAAAAUGGUGCUGUCACGUCUGAAAUUUAUACUGGAGACGAUUCAAAGUAUUUACAGGGCUUAAAUCCAAUAACUGUUAAGGCUGAAGAUUAUCAUGAUGACAUACAUGAUAUUUUAAAAACUGAAGAUGCCACUGACAACUUCAGCAAUGAUUUGUAUGAUGUUUUUAAUUUAGAUGAAAAUUUAUACAGUACAUCUAGCAAAAAAAUUAAAAAGAGGAAAGUAAAACUGAAGAUAGAUAAACAAACGAAAGCACUUAAAAAAGCAAAGCUUAAAAUCACACAUAAACACUUUAGCUUUACUUGUGAAUUAUGCAAUAAAAAAUUUAAUUAUCUGGAAAGAUUUGAAGCUCACAAACUGGAACAUGAGGGAAAGGAAGUCCUCAUUAGUUGUUCACCAUGUAAUAAGACCUUUGUGACUUGGAGUGGACUCAGGCGACACAAUGAUAGUGAACAUACACUGGUGCGGCUAGACAGACUUAAGUGCAAUAUUUGUGGGAAGAUUUGCAAAAACCAACAAACAUUGAAGAUGCACUAUAAAACACAUGGAGAGAGAAAGCAGUAUGUCUGCGAUGUAUGUGGAAAGGGAUUCACAACAAAAUUUAUUCUAAAGGCUCAUCUAGAAACUCAUAAAGAAAAUAGAGAGAGGCUAUUCACUUGUGAGCAUUGUGGGAAGAAAUUUUACACAAACACAAUAUUGCUGUCCCAUGUUUCGAGGAGGCAUACCAACCGAAGGUUUAUUUGCCAAAUAUGCAGUUACCCAUUUACUGAUAAGUACAAUUUAGCAAAACAUUUGCUAAUACACGAUGGAAAGAAGUUAUUCAAGUGUGAGAUUUGCAAUAAAUCAUAUGCUACACAAUCUUCGCUGGUUGAACAUAGACGUAUACACUCUGGUGAGAGACCGUACAUUUGUAGUUACUGCCCAAAGAGUUUUCUGUCUAAGAGACGUCUAGAUGAUCACCACAAAAUACACACAGGCGAACGUCCUCAUAAAUGUAUGGUUUGUGAACAGGGCUUCACACAACGUGGGACAUUGAAAAGGCAUAUGAAAGUUCAUGAUAGGACUAUGCCAAUGAUUAAUUAAAAAUGAUUAAAUAAAAUUAUUUAGAUUAAUAUUUUUUUUAUUUUUAAGCAGAGGAUGCGGCUUUGAAUCCCGUCUGAAACCUGGAACGAUUUUUCUAUUAAACAUUUCUUCAAAAAUGUUUUAUCUUUCGCACUUAUUUUUAUUUAUGACUAAAAUGGACUUGCUAUUUUCAUGUUUUUAUUUUUUAAGCAUUUAACUGC